AUCAUAAUUCACCUGAGUGAAUUCAUCCGUUCUGUUCUACUUACAGAUAGAAUAAUUAUUAUUGUUUACUUGAAGAUCGCGUACUGCAGUUAAGGUGUUUAGUUGAAACACACCAGAUGUCCCUGUUGUGAUUAAACAGAGCUUCGAAUUUGAAAAUGACACAUCUUGGCGCAGGGAAAUCAAUAAAAUGUGAUUGUUUGCGGUAUCUAGUGCUUUAGGUGCGGUAUGAAAAUAACACGAUGAAUAAAAGUAGUGAAAAUAUUAAAAAUGCACGCAGUGCCAACAACGAGGCAGUGCAAGUUAUCGUGCGAUGUAGGCCUAUAAGUGAAAAAGAAAAAUUAUCAGGCUGUUGUGAAAUUGUUGAUGUUUAUCCUAAUCGUGGUGUUAUCGAAGUAAAAAACCCAAGGGCUAAGAGUGACAAUGAAAGGAUUAAAAUGUUUACAUAUGAUGCCGUUUACGAUUCACGUUCUUCACAACAAUGCUUGUACGACGAAAUGGUACGACCCCUGGUAGCCUCGGUACUCGAGGGUUACAAUGGUUGUGUUUUUGCUUAUGGACAAACAGGCACAGGGAAAACUCACACCAUGGAAGGUGUUGUUGGGGAUAGUGAUAUGCAAGGAAUUAUUCCUAGAGCUUUUGAACAAAUUUGGUCCCAUAUUAAUAGAACAACAGGUGUAGAAUUUUUGGUUUAUGCGAGAUAUUUGGAACUUUAUAUGGAAGAUAUUCGCGAUCUACUAAAAUCGAAAAGUAAAAAACAAUUGGUAUUAAGGGAAAUGGCAGGUGGUCAGGGUGGAGUGUAUGUCACACACUUGCAUUCGCAGACUUGCAAGAACGCUGCGGACAUGAUGAAAACCAUGCGCAUCGGAAACAAGAAUCGCACUACAGGGGUAACGAACAUGAACGAGCACAGUUCGCGAUCACAUGCUAUUUUCCAAAUAGCGAUCGAAAUGGCCGAAGAGAACAAUUCGAAAUCCGUUAAAAUUGGCAAACUAAACCUUGUCGAUCUUGCUGGUAGCGAAAGGCAAUCGAAGACUGGAGCAUCGGGAGACAGGUUAAAGGAAGCUACCAAAAUUAAUAAGGCGUUGUCUUCUUUAGGUAAUGUAAUAUAUGCUCUCGCUGAAAAUUCGUCGCACGUACCGUAUCGGGAUUCAAAGCUGACCCGUCUCCUCCAAGACUCGCUGGGAGGUAACAGCAAAACCAUAAUGAUUGCUAACAUCGGUCCUGCAGACAUGAAUUAUGAGGAGACAAUAAUUACCUUAAGGUAUGCGUACCGAGCAAAAGCGAUCAAAAACAAACCAAUUAAGAACGAGGAUAUGCAGGAUGCCAAGUUACUUGCUCUUCAACAAGAGAUCGAGAGGUUGAAGCAACUCAUUGCAGAAAAGGCCAAUGGGCGAAUGGUAAAUAUUGAAGAGUCGGAAGGUUCCGAUGAUGAACUGGACUUAGACGAUAGUGAUGAUGAAGAACUGAAAAAAGAAAAAAAAGAGAAAGAGCAUUUGAUAGAACUCGGAAAAAUGGAAGUAGACGACCUCAACAAAAAACUGAGAAAUUUAGAAAAGCAAAUGGUGCAAGGAGGAAAGAACAUAGUAGAAAGUGUUAAUGAGAAUGAAAUGCUGCUGGAACAGCAAAGGGCAGAAAUUGCAGCAAGAAAGAAACGUGAAAUCGAAAUGCAACAAAAACUCGAAUCAGAAGAAGAAAAUUACACAGAACUCCGCCAAGUAUUCACUAAUCUUCAACAAGAGGUUGAAUUCAAACGAGAAAAACUGAAAAGGUUGCAUGGCAGGCUACAGUCACUUCGUCAAGAGAUCAAGGACAGCCAUGAUGAAUACAUCAAAAAUCGGCAAGAGCUUGUCGAUGCUAACGAGGACCUUACGCUGCAACUACGCAGAAGACUGCUUGUGUUAGAAAAUUUUGUGCCUGCGGAAGAACGUUCGCGGUUGUUGAAUUUGGCCCAAUUUGACGAGAAUACCGACAACUGGAUUCUAAAGAAAGAGACUGUUAAUAUAAAUGCCGCCCUAAGGCCUAGAGCCCACAAUUAUAGGAGACCGAUCUCAGAUUAUGCAAUUAAGAAAAGCGAAGCAAGCCCUCGAUACAGGGGUGAAAACGUUAUUGAGCUCAAAUUGGAUUUACCUCUAAGAACAACUCAGAAUUACUUGCGUCCAGCAAUAUGUCCUCAGGUAAAAGCUGCCGUAAAAAAUGUGAUAAAGCAUGAAUUAGAUAACAAUAAGGUUGUCGUCAAGAUCCCACCUCAUGGCUUCUCCGUCAGGGGUAUUUCAAAAAUAGAACUCGAGGGUCGAUAUAAUAAAGCUGCUCGUAACACGAUCGAAGUUCAUAACAACAGAAUUAAACCCAUUCCAAAAUCUGCUAAAACUGCAUACUAGAUUGGAUGACUGGGAUACAUACAUACAUGUACACUUUUACGUUUUCUUUCCUUUCUUUUUGUAUUCGUACAGUAGUAUUUAUACGAAUUGCUAGUCACUGCUAAUUUUUUAAAUUUUAUCUAAAUGUAUAUUAACACAUUGACAUGCAAUAUUCGAAAUAGGUUAAUAUUUUUCGAAUUUUCAAGUUAUGUUUUCUGAGCAAAUAUAAACAAUUAUAUUCGCUAAUCAAG